AUUACCCUUUUUUCUCCAGUAAAGAGAAGCUGCUCUUCGUUUCUUUUUUUUUUUCGCCUCUCUGUAUAUGGGAUGGAGUCGAACCAGCAAAACGACACCGUUGCGCCGUUCGUGAUGAAGACUUACCAGAUGGUCAACGAUCCAACGACCGACGAUUUAAUCGCCUGGAGCAAAGGCAAUAACAGCUUCAUCGUUGCCGAUCCUUUGGAACUUUCUCGCCGAAUUCUUCCUUCUUACUUCAAACACAAUAAUUUCUCCAGUUUUGUUCGUCAGCUCAAUACAUACGGAUUCAAGAAGGUGGAUCCAGAUAAAUGGGAAUUUGCAAGUCAAUGGUUUCUUCGAGGUCAGAAGCAUUUACUGAAGAAAAUUUGUAGAAGAAGACAGAGUCGAAAUUCAUAUUUUCAAACCAAAUGCGAAGACGACGAUGGAGAAUUAGCAAUCGAAAUUUCCAAGCUCAAAGAAGAACAGAGAGCUUUAGAAAUUGAAGUUGAAUCCAUUAACAAACGAAUCGAAGCCACUGAAAAACGCCCCCAACAAAUGAUGGCAUUUCUCCACCAGAUUAUGGAAAAUCCCGAAAUUCUUCCCAGAAUCACCCUCAAGAACCGCCGCGUACGGCGGCGCAUGGUGAUGCCGCCGCCGUCUCCCGUCAAACUCGAGAACGUUGUGGAAGAGGAUUCGUCGCCGGAGACCGGUUUUUUCGUUGACAACGUCGCGCUGUCGUCGCCGGAGACGACCAUGUGGUGGAACGGCGCCGCCGAUGGCGCCGUUUCAAGUCCGUUGACGUCUGACUCUGGCGGCGGGUUGAGUGAUUACGUAGAGCUAUCGCCGCCGGAGAGUGAUGUAACGGUGUACGGACUCGGCAGCGGCCGAGAUAGCUAUCUGGCGGAACUGGUGGCCGGCGGAGGGUCAAGUCCGCCUCCGCCUUAUCCGUUUUCGCUGUUUAGUGGUGGCUUUUAGGACAAAUCUCCCGUAUUAAUUCCGAAUUAAUUAUUAUUUUUUCCUUCCUUUUUAUAUAUACAUAUUAUAGUGCAAUUAGAGAUGGGGAAUUAAGUUAGGCUGUCCCGUAGAACUGUAUUUAUAUCAUUAUAUGUUUCUGAAAAUGUAAAUAAAAAUAAAAAUUAUAAAUA